AGCAGCAGUCCGCCGGCCACCACGCCGUGAAAACACAAGAAGGCACCGGAAACAUCUCUGACCUGCUUAGACUUCCUCUCUGAGCACAUGUGGUUUCACAACCCGGGCAAGGCACACCCCCUCCCCCCACCCAGUGUCACCCGGCCUGGCGCCUCUGUGGGAAAGUGCCACACUAGAGGCCCCAGGACAUUGUCAUUUCCCUCUUCUGUCCCCCGCCUGGGCUGCCGGCAAACCCCAAGGUCCCUGAGCCUGCUACCGGGGCCGCGGCUCCCUCCAGCCCCUACAAGAUGGAGAAUUCUUGUCUCUCGGCGGUGGUGAUGAGGCUGCUGCUGUCUGGGCUCUUUCUGUUUGCACCGGCCUGGAGCUACAACUUGGAUGUGCACCACGUGCUAAGCUUCUCCACCCCACACGCCGGGAGGCACUUUGGGUACCGGGUCCUGCAGGUUGGAAACGGGGUUGUCGUGGGCGCUCCGGGCGAGGGGAACAGCACAGGAAACCUCUAUGAGUGCCAGCCGGGCACUGGACACUGCCUACCGGUCAGCCUGGGCGGUUCCAACUACACCUCCAAGUACUUGGGGAUGACCUUGGUGACAGACCCCACAGCCGGAGGCCUUUUGGCCUGUGACCCUGGGCUGUCGCGGACGUGUGACCAGAACACCUAUCUGAGUGGCCUGUGCUACCUCUUCCGCCAGGACCUAAGGGGUCCAGUGUUGCAAGGGCGUCCUGGAUAUCAGGAGUGCAUAAAGGGCAACGUGGACCUGGUGUUUCUGUUCGACGGCUCGGGCAGUUUGCAGCAGAACGAAUUCCAGAAGAUUCUGGAGUUCAUGAAGGACGUGAUGAAGAAACUUGGCAACUCUUCCUACCAGUUUGCUGCCGUUCAGUUUUCCUCGACCUUCAAGAUAGAAUUUAAUUUCCUGGAUUAUGUUCAAGUGAGGGACCCGGAUGCUCUGCUGGCCCACGUGGAACACAUGCAACUGCUGACCAACACCUUCGGUGCCAUCAACUACGUGGCGAAGGAGGUGUUUCGAACAGACCGGGGGGCCCGGCCAGACGCCACCAAGGUGCUCAUUAUCAUCACAGAUGGGGAAGCCACUGACAAAGGCAGCAUCGAGGCCGCCCAGGACAUCAUCCGCUACAUCAUCGGGAUCGGCAGGCACUUCCGGACCAAGGAGAGCCAGGAGACGCUCCACAAGUUCGCCUCCAAGCCCACGGAGGAGUUUGUGAAGAUCAUGGACACAUUCGAGAAGCUCAAGGAUCUGUUCACCGAGCUGCAGAGGAAGAUCUACGUCAUCGAGGGCACAAGCAAGCAAGACCUGACUUCCUUCAACAUGGAGCUGUCUUCCAGCGGGAUCAGCGCUGACCUCAGCAGGGGCCAUGCAGCCGUGGGGGCGGUUGGAGCCAAGGACUGGGCUGGGGGCUUUUUCGACCUGAAGGAAGACUUCCAGGAUGCUACGUUUGUUGGCAAUGUACCUCUGGCCCCAGAAGCAAAAUUAGGAUAUUUGGGUUACACGGUGACCUGGCUGCCCUCCCGGGAACACACAUUGCUGCUGGCGGCUGGAGCCCCCCGAUACCAGCAUGUGGGGCAGGUGCUGCUGUUUCAAAAGCAAGAGGGUGGAGGACCCUGGAGCCAGGUCCAGAAAAUAGACGGGACCCAGAUUGGCUCUUAUUUUGGUGGGGAGCUCUGUGGCAUUGACACGGACCAAGAUGGAGAGACAGAGCUGCUGCUGGUGGGGGCCCCGCUCUUCUACGGGGAGCAGAGAGGAGGCCGCGUGUUCCUCUACCAGAGGAAGCAGCUGGGGUUCGAGAUGGUCUCAGAGCUGCACGGGGAUCCCGGCUACCCCCUUGGGCGGUUUGGAGCAGCCAUUACCGCCCUGGCGGACCUCAACGGAGACGCGCUGAUGGACGUGGCCGUGGGAGCCCCCCUGGAGGGGCAGGGGGCUGUGUACAUCUUCAGUGGGCAGCAGGGUGGGCUCAGCCCGCAGCCCAGUCAGCGCAUAGACGGGACCAAGGUGUUCUCAGGAAUCCGGUGGUUCGGACGCUCCAUCCACGGGGUGAAAGACCUCGGAGGCGACGGCCUGGCCGAUGUGGCUGUGGGGGCCGAGGGCCAGGUGUUGGUGCUCAGCUCCCGGCCCGUGGUGGAUAUCAUCACCCAGAUGCGCUUCUCCCCGCCCGAGAUCCCGGUGCACGAGGUGGAGUGCUCCUACUCAGCCCAUCACAAGGAGAAGGACGGCGUUAACAUCACAGUCUGUUUCCAGGUCAAGUCCCUCACCUCUCACUUCCAAGGUCCUCUGGUGGCCAAGCUCAUGUACACCCUGCAGUUGGAUGGCCAUCGGACCAGGAGCCGGGGGCUGUUCCCAGGAGGGAGACAUGACCUCAGCGGAAACACAACUGUCACACAAGUCCAGUCCUGCACUGACUUCUGGUUUCACUUUCCGGUAUGCAUCCAAGACCUCAUCUCCCCCAUCAAUGUCUCCUUGAAUUUCUCUCUUUGGGAGGAAGACGGGACAUCCAGGGACCAAAGGACGGGCAAGGACAGGCAGCCCAUCCUGAGACCCUCGCCGCACUCAGAGACCAAGGAGAUCCCUUUUGAGAAGAACUGCGGGGAGGACAAGAAAUGCGAGGCCAACCUGGGGCUGUCCUUCCCCACCGCCAGGUCCAGCGUCCUGCGCCUGACGCCCUCGGCCAGCCUCUCGGUGGAGCUGAGCCUGAGGAACCCCGGAGAGGAUGCGUACUGGGUGCAGCUGGACCUGCGCUUCCCCCAGGGGCUUUCCUUCCGCAAGGUGGAGGCGCUCCAGCCGCACAGCCAGAUACCUGUGAGCUGCGAGGAGCUCCCGGGGGAGCCCGAGCUCCUGACCAAGAUCCUGUCUUGCAACGUGAGCUCUCCCAUCUUUAGAGCGGGCAGCUCGGUUGUCAUCCAGGUAAUGUUCAACACGAUGCUGAACAGCUCCUGGGAAGACCUGAUGGAGCUGUACGCCCAAGUGAAAUGUCACAACGAGGACUCGAGCCUCCUGGAGGAUAACUCGGCCACGACCAGCAUCCCAGUCCUGUACCCCGUCAACAUCCUCAUCGAGGAGCAGGAAAACUCCACGCUCUAUGUCAGUUUCACCCCCAAAGGCCCCAAGAUCCAUCAUGUCAGGCACACGUACCAGGUGCGGGUCCCGCCCUCCCUGCACCAGCACAGCAUGCCCAUACUGGAGGCCCUGGUGGGGGUGCCGGUGCCCCACGGCGAGGAACCCAUUACGUACAAGUGGUCUGUGCAGACGGAGCCUCCUGUCACUUGCCAGCGUGAGGAUCUGAAGAGGGUGCCCAGCGCGGCUCAGCCCUGUCUCCCCAGAGCCCAGUUUCGCUGCCCAUUCAUCUUCAAGCAGGAGCUCCUGGUCGAAGUGCUCGGGACUGUGGAGCUGGUGGGCGAAAUUGAGGCUUCCUCCAUGUGGCACCUCUGCAGCUCCCUCUCCAUCUCCUUUAACAGCAGUAAACACUUCCACCUCUACGGCAGCAACUCCUCAACGGCCCAGGUCCUCAUGAAGGUGGACGUGGUGUUCGAGAAGGAGAUGGUCCACCUGUAUGUGCUGAGCGGUGUCGGGGGGCUGCUGCUGCUGCUGCUGAUCUUCCUGGCGCUCUACAAGGUGGGCUUCUUCAAGCGGAACCUGAAGGAGAAGAUGGAGGCGGACGGCAGCGGCAUCCCGAAUGGAGUCCCGGGAGAAGGCCCGGCCGAGGGCACCGCUGACUGCCUGGAGCCCCUGCAGGGCACGGAGCCGGAAGGAGAGAACAAGGACUGA